UUGGCUAAGAAAUACAUGUUUUUAACACUGUGACAGUGAUAUCGGAAGCAGCACAAAAAUACUAUAGUAUUUAUUCUAGAACAGUGUGACGACGUUUGCACGGCACCACUAAGAUUCAAUUUCAUAAAAGGUUUCUAACGCGUUCCUCAAAGCCUUUGAUGCUACUCUACUGCAAAACAGACGCCGGAAACACUAGGUAUAGGGUGUGGUUUCAAUAUUGAAGAUCGUUACAUAAAUUGCUGUCUUGACAAUAUACUUUUAUAUUCUACGCAUAACUUUGUUCGCUUGUCUAGACGUAUUCGUCUUGCCUCGCCAUACAGCGCAUAAGGAUUUGCUUCGCGGUAACGAAACCUAGAUGGGUAUACCGCAAACAAGCUAAGCUGGGGUGCGAUCGCGCAAACAGCUCGCUUUUCCGUUCGUUCGGUCUGGCUGCUACGUCACAAAGUGGGCCGUCCGCAAGAUUUGUGAGAACGGGAGGGAGAGCACAGCCAAUAAACGAGCGAGCCCAGCCCCGGAAGUUUGCGUCACCAGUUUGAGCUUUGAUCGGGGACGAUACAUUAAGUGCAGAAUGUUUGCGAUGCUUUAAUAAUUAAACACGUAAUAUAAGAAAAAGAUUCUUACUGUUGCAACAUAUAAUCUGCCUUGAAAAUCUCAUGCGAGUGCAGAAAACUAAUUUAAGCGGCAUAUAUUUUGGUUUAGUCCGCUAGGUGGUAUCGCACACGUCAAAACAAAUUGGCGGGAGCGCGCAGUUCAAUUGCAAAAUCGCUGUUCGUCAGUUGCCAAAAUGUCGUCGCACAAGAACGUCAAGCUUGGCCCUCACGUGUCGCCACACCAACGUGAACUGUUGGUGGCGUUCAUGGAGGGCCAUCCCUAUCUUGUGCGGGCAUCGUGUGCACUCACACCGGAGUGCACGGUGGAGCGGAGGCGGCAGCUUUGGAGUGAGCUCGCCGCCCUGCUGAACACUGAGGGCCCGGCCGCCAAGACAGCCGAACAGUGGCAGGUCUUUUGGCGGAAAGAAGUAUAUCUUUCCCGCCGAGACGCCACCACAGCUUCCGCAAGUCAAAGCGGCACGGGUGGUGGCCGUCUGCCCGGCCUUCGUGGCCGCAUCAUCGCCCUAGUGGGCACCUCCACGGUGACCGGAGUGUGCGAGGCUUUUUACCAACCACUCGACGAGCCCGCCACGGAGGUGACCGUGGAAUCUGUGGGCACCACCGCAGGAACCAGUGGCCUUUCACGUGAAGGAGCACUGCAGCAGCCAGGAGUGGGCCCUGUUGAGCCACUGCCCAGAAGCCCUCCAGCCACUGCACAGCCUGCAGCUGGCCCUGGCGGAGUGAGAACCAGCUACCAACCCCGGGUGCAGCGCCGGUCGGGAGGCCCUCGUCGGGCGUCCCACCGGGACGCCUUGGUCGAACGGCUCGCAGAUGACUACGCCAGGACCGUCGCACAGAACGACGAGACAAACGAACUCCUGCGUGGUAUCCGCCAGGGCGUAGACCGGCUGGCUGCAGCUACUGAGCGGGUCGUGGCUGCUGUGGAGCGGCAGGCCGACCAAGUAGCGGAGGCACUGCGGCCAGUGGGGCAGCUCUUGGGCCAGCUGAUGCAGGAGGCAGUGGCUGCAAGGAGGGAAUAGGCGAUUUGAAGUUUUACUAUUUAUUACUUGUAUUUUUUGUAUUAUUCAUUAUUAUUUGUUCAUUAUAACUUUGAUCUUGUUUUGUACAUUUGAAGUU